UCAUAAGUGUGACGCUUGUUCCGAAAAAUUAGCCACGAGUAUAAACCUGUAAAAGAUUUGAUUUUUACUAAAGUACACAAUUUCUUCUGUGGUUCGUUUAUAUCUUGUUAUAGGAUGAGUGUUGCCAAGUGUUUUUAUGACUUAGCUGCCAAAACGUUAACGGGUGAGUUAGUGAAGUUUACAAAAUUUCAAGGGAAGGUAGUAUUGGUCGAGAACGUUGCUUCGUUAUGAGGAACAACGGUGCGGGAUUACACCCAAAUGAACGAUCUUAUAGCUAGGUUUGGAGAUAAGAUUUCUGUGCUGGGUUUUCCGUGCAACCAGUUUGGACAUCAGGAGAAUGGUAAUGGUGACGAGAUAAUGAAAACUCUUCAGUUCGUCCGACCAGGUAAUUCUUUCGAAACGAAAAUCACUUUAUUCGAGAAGGUGGAUGUCAACGGUGAAAAAAGUCAUGUGGUAUUUCAGUAUUUACGAGAAAAACUUCCAGUACCCCACGAUGACCCAGUAUCUUUGAUGAAGAAUUCCCUAGGUAUUAUUUGGUCUCCUGUGACUCGUGCUGACAUUAGCUGGAACUUUGAAAAAUUCCUGAUAGGUAAAGAUGGACAACCAUUUCGUCGAUACAGCCCUUGCUACCCAACAAUAAAUCUGUAUUCAGAUAUAACAAAGUUACUUCGCCAGUAAAUAAAAAAUGGCGAUAUCAUACAUAAAAUAAUUUCCAUUUUGUUAAUAUGUAGUAGUAAGUUAACCGAUCGGAAUCCUUUCGUACAAUGUUUAUAUUAUUAUAAAACUUGGUAACAGAACCUAGUGACGACGAUGCUUGAAAUUUUGCCAGAGUAUCUGUCUGAUGAUAUAUUUUUUUACCAAGUGUUAAAAUAUUUAUGUUGUGCACCCAAAUAAAGGAUUGUUUAAUACUAUG